AUGAAGUCGGCUGGGCAUAAUCUUAUCUCUGAGGUCUAUCGCUGGGCCGGUGCCCUCAAAGAUGAGAUGUGGGUCUUUCAAGAUGGGGGCUGGUCUAAAGACAAGCCUCUUUGGGGUGCAAUUCGCGACGCGACGUGGGACGAGAUCGUCCUAGAGACAGAAUUCCUCGAAGGACUGCGCCGCGACACGCAAACCUUCUUUGCAAACAGGAAGAUAUACAAGAAUCUAGGCGUUGUGUGGAAGAGGGGCCUUCUCUUGCUUGGUCCUCCUGGGAACGGGAAGACAGAAUCAAUCAAAGUUCUUUUGAAGGAAUCUGGACAGGCCGCUCUCUACGUCAAGUCAUUCACUACACAAGAUGGACCUGAACUUGGAGUGAGGAGAAUAUUUGAUCACGCAAGGGCGAAUGCACCCUGCAUUCUCGUGAUCGAAGACCUUGAUUCCCUAGUAACUUCUGACGUCCGCGCAUUCUUCUUGAAUGAGCUUGAUGGAUUGGGUCAAAACGAGGGUAUUCUUACCAUCGCUACUACCAACCACCCGGAACGCAUCGAUGAUGCAAUUCUGAACCGUCCAUCACGCUUCGAUGUGAAGUAUAAUUUCGACCUUCCUACCGAGAAACUUCGCGUCACGUAUGCGUCUAAAUGGAUUCGCAAGAUCACGGCUCUCACGACAGAUGAGGAAGGCUCUUCGGGAGGAGGUCCUAUCGUUCAGUUCGAGAAGAACACAGCACAACUUGCCGAAGAAGUUGCGAAGGAGACAGAGGGAUGGUCUUUCGCUUUCUUGAAAGAACUGUAA